CGGACAAAACCCAAACGAGGCAAAUAGUCAACAGAUCACAUCGUCCCAUCCCAACACAAACACGCCUCCGGCCUCCCCCAACACCAUUAGAAACCAAUCAACGGAAGCCCCUAAAUUCCAGGUAGCUUUGGCCGUCGUCAUCCCUCGACCAAGUUAGGGCACCACAGCCCAAUCGGCCCUUUUAAUCGUGAGCGGCCACCGUCGCGGUCGCUUUUACCAGAAUCUUAGAUACUUUAAAGAUGAUGGACUUGGAAACAGAAAAUAGAAUCGCCGCAAUUCUAUUGAAAGAAGCAGCGGAGUUGCGGCGGCAAGCGGAGAAAGACGGGGUGGAAGCUUAUCUCCGCCAGCCCAAAGUUAGGGGUCGCCCAAAUUCUCGCUUCUUGACUGCAACCGUUCGUGGUGUACAACAUGCAAAUCGUGCUGUUGAAGAGAAUGAAAUGUGGCGAGCUAGGCAGAAAGAGAGAGAGCUGGAUGAUCGGCUCAGAGGAAAGAUGAGAGAUGAGGGUAGCAGUGGUUGGAGCUCUGGGGGCAUUAGGACGGAAUCUGGGAGAUCAAGUAAAAGGCAGUUGGAUACUGACACAGAUGCAAGUUCUUCGUGCUCAUUGAGGAAAGGGGAUGAUGAAGGUUUGAGGGAUGAUGAGGUUGAAGAAUUUUUGCAUUCAAGGAUCAAGCGAGGCAGGGGUGCAGUUGGUUCACGGAUGGAUGAAACUGGCCCUUACGUUUCUUCUUGUCCAGAAGAUACUGGGGAAAAGCAAUUACUGUCCCUGGAUGGGUACCUAAGAGAAGUUGCAGUAAAAAGUAAAGUUCUUGGCCCGGAAAAGCCGUCUUUGCUUGGGCGCUGUGAGUCUUCUGAUGAUGAAUCUUUUCUAGAGCAGAAGAAAACAAAGAAAGCGAGCUCAAGCAAGCAGCAGUCUAAGAAGCACAAAUUAAAACACAAGGAUAAAGAGAAUAAAAAGAGAAAAAAGAGUAGGGAGGAGAAGAGGCAUAAACACCGCAAGUAAAAGUUCCAUGAUUUUGAAAUUCUUUGUGCCUUGACGCUUUGUAUUGUAUCUGAAGUAGUAUUUCGUGUUUGGUCAAACGAGAUUCUGAUUUUCCUGUAAAAAAUCACGAAGCUUUGUUUGAUGUCCCUGUCUGUCCUUUUAAAAACAAAUGGAGAGCCUAUUGAAGUUGUAACAGCGAGACAUGACCAAAUUGAACGGGACUCUUCGCCAUAUCCUUCGUUCUCUAGCUUCCCUCUCCCGCUUUUGCCUAGAAUCCAUGGUAGACAGCCUGAAAAGUGACUGGAGACUGCACAGCAACCAAGUAAUCUGCUUUUUUAUUUUGAGGAGAGUAAAUAAAAAUGAAGCGGGGAAACCACCCUUUUCUUAUUUU